ACAUCAAAGCUUUUUACAAAACCGGGUAUAAAUAUCUGGUUCCUUAAGAUCUCGUAUUAUGUUCCCGCACAUAAUUAACAUUUACACUCAAUCGCUAUGGCUGGAAUGAUGAAAGCCGCAAUCUGCAAACAGGUAUGUUUUCCGUUAUAUGUUAUAGAUCAAGAUGUUUUACCAUAUACCAGGCAAAAGCUCCCCUUGUAAUCGAGGAAAUUCCCAUUCCCGAACCAAGCGGCCGCGAGCUACGAGUCCGCGUCAAAGCCGCCUCAUUAUGCCAUUCUGACCUGAGCAUUAUGUCAGGUGACGGUCCAUCCGAAGUGAGGAAUGUCUUUCCUGUUAUCCUGGCCAUGAAGCCGUCUCCAUCGUCGACAAACUCGGCCCCGAAGCAGCACCGCAUGGAUUUCGGGAAGGCGAUCUCGUGGGAGCCUCCCUGUGGCAUAACAUGUCUGAAUUGCAAUGAAUGCAAGACUGCCGGGCCGGACUUCUGUCUCACUAGGAGAUCAUUAGGCAUCACUCGUCCGGGGAACUUUGCGGAGUAUACCUUGAUUGAUCCAGCGAGUGCGGUAUUGAAUUCCCGCCCGGGUGUUGAUCCAAACGUCGAGAUCCUCCUCCAGCAACCCUAUCGCCACUUUUUUGUGCUGGUACCACUAUUUGGGGUGGAUUGGAGCGAGCCCAUAUUCGCCCUGGCGAGACAGUUGCGGUUAUCGGGGCAGGAGGUUUGGGAGAGCUAGCAGUUCGAUAUGUCCAGGCACUGGGAGGAAAGGUCUUGGCCCUCGACAUAUGGGAUAAACAGUUGGAAGCGUGUAAGGAUUACGCGAAUGGGAUUAUCAACACACGCA